AUGAAAAUUCUAAAUUGCAUUGCCAUUGACAUCGGUAUCAGCAGCAAGUUCGUCAUCUUCAUUGUCUUAUUCUUGACAAAAUUAACAACAUCGACAGCAACAUCAUCGGGUGUAUUAAAUGCCAAAGAACCCAUCGAAGUGGUCUUCCUAAUCCGUAGUCAGACGGCAUCGCCACACAAUCAAUUAGGCCAACAGCUCAAGGUGAAUCUGACAAGGCAGGCGGUCCAACUACCACCCGACUACAACUACAACAUUAAAGUACAAAUAUUACAUGAAUUAUUCAAUUAUCCGGGGGAAUGGACACUGCUGCACAUCAUACCGCAUCUGCUGUACGCCCAUGGGGCCAAGGAGACAACAACAACACCAUCGUCUCCAGCCACAUCCAAGUUAACUAAACAAAUUGACAAUGGUAUGGAAUUAAUAACCAAUCUGACCAGAUGGAUUAUCUUCUGUGAGGAGACGACCAGCGUUAAUGUACGCCAGCUCAUGGACAGAUUAAUGGAGGAGAAUCACCAAGAGCCAUUAUUUCUAGGCCAUCCAUUGUACGAUCGGGAACCGACAAUCAUACAUCACUUUGCAUUUUUCGAGAAUCCCAAAUGGUUUCCAUAUCCAAUGUUGGGUGCCGGUAUCGUGUUUAGUCGGCCGCUACUUAAAAGCAUUGCCGACAUUUUUAGCCACCACAACAAACAGCAGCAGCACCAGCCUCCGCUUCUGCAUUCCGAGUUCAGUAUCGAUGCUGGUCAUGAGCUGGCUCGUUUCAUUUAUGAUAAUGUUCAAAUGUCAGAACCAGACCCAGCAGAAGAAGAAUCCGAAGAAGAUGAAGCUGUAAGGCCUGUUAAAACAGCGACAACAUCAUCACUAAAUGAUAGUAAAAGUCCUGAUGUCACUAUCUAUUACCGAACAACAACCACAACAAGCCGGCAACAGCAACAACAACAGAACGAACUGCAUACACAUAGCCCCACACAACCUCAGGCAUCCUCUCAACCACCUCUAACAGUUGAUAAUACGCAUCCUCAUCCUCCGAAUGAUGAUGGCGUUGAUAAUGCCUCUGAUUUUCGACAUCCUAAUGAAAUCAUCGAUGAUGAUGGUAGGUCAAAGGUUCUACCUUCGGCACGGAAGCAGAAAAAGAAAACGAUGCAAAAAAUAAUUUUGAAGAAAACUUCGUACAUUUGUCCUGAGGCCAACUGGGAGACAGGAAAGCCAAAACACAACAAAGCAUGUGUCAUGUAUGCGAACAUAGAGAGGACUGCAGGAGCAGCAAUGCCCGAAUCAUGUAUCCCCGCUAAACGUGAUGAAAUAUAUUUUGCCGUCAAAACCUGCUCCAAAUUCCACAAGGAACGUUUGCCCAUAAUCCAAAGCACUUGGGCGCCAUAUGCCAAGCACAUACACUACUACAGUGAUGUUGAAGAUGCCAACAUACCGACAAUCAAUACUGGCAUUGUCAAUGUCGAAAUGGGCCAUUGUGCCAAAACGUUACAAAUUCUUAAAUUGGCUCUGAGGGAUAUUGAAAACCACAACAACAAGAACAACAACAAAAAUGGCAACAACAUGCAGAACAAUUUUUUCGAGCAGAAAGAGUCUCAUCAAAUCCGAUGGUUGCUGCUAACCGAUGAUGAUACGUUAUUGAGCGUUUCAGGUGUUUGCCAAGUACUCGGCUGUUACAAUUCAAUGGAUGAAAUCUAUAUGGGCGAACGUUACGGCUAUCGUCUGCAUGCUCCGGAUGGCUUUAAUUACAUAACGGGUGGCGGUGGCAUUGCAUUCUCGCUGCCGACCCUUAGACGUAUUGUCCAACACUGUAGCUGUCCUACGCCGGCGGCACCUGACGAUAUGAUUUUGGGUUCCUGUUUGCACACACUCCAGAUGAAAGCACUUCAUUCCGCACAUUUCCAUCAAGCCCGUCCAAACGAUUACCCUUCGGAACGUUUGAAACAUGAUCGCCCUGUGUCCUUUCAUAAAUUCUGGCAAAUAGAUCCCAGAGAAGUCUAUCAUCAAUGGUUCUAUGAAGAGGAUGAUCGAAUGCUGUUGAGAGAGGCCAAGGACAUCAUUGAGGAGGUAAAUCAUGGCCAUGGGCAUCCAAUCCAAUCGGAGGACAAUAUCAAUUAUUAUCACAAAAAUCGGAAUCUAUUGGCCAAGCCUGAGGAUAUCCAUGAUUUAAAUGUACCUGUAUCGCUGAUAGCCACCCUGCAUCAGCACAGCAAAGAGAGGCAUGUGGAUUUGUAA